CGGAUGAACAAACAAGAUGCUCGUGCCGUCGCAGCCGCCGUCACCACCACCUCCUCAACCACCACCACCUCCACCACCACCACCACCACCACCACCACAACAACAACAACAACCUCCACCACCACCACCACCACCACCUCCACCACCUCCUCCUCCUCCAGUCUCCACAUUUCACAAUAAUCGGUCGUGGGACGCGGAGAGGAGUCUGGCGGCCUUUUGGAGAGCCACGAUCAGGGAAGGAGUGCCGAACAAUCAGCGGCCGCCUCCUCACUUCCCCUUCUCGGCCGCAAUGAACCACCACCUCCCCCCCGGCCAAGAAAGGUUGUUUGCGGCUCGUCACCACCAGGACCCGUUUGUCUGGAGUCAUGCGCCCAGACGACACACAGUCCUAAAAGGUGUACAGAGAUGCUUCCCACGACCCUUUAUGGACAAUCUCCGACCUCCCCAAUUCCGCGCACCGGAUGAGCCAAGCAGCCUGGUUGGUGGCUUAAGAAUCGGGACUCGUGACGUAGCGCCUCCGUAUUGGCCACCGCUACCUCUCGCUCCACCCACCCUGCAUCCUCCACCAAUCGGUGCGCUGCCUACUGCAAUGGCUCACGACGAAGAAAGCGAUUGCUUCAUGCUAGGAGAAAAGCUGUCGAAGAAACCGAAACGGAUCAGAACAAGAGUAGACGCCGGAGAGCCAAGGAACUCUUACUCGGCCUUCAGUAGUCUGCCCAACCUGUGUGGUGUUAGUGUUAAUGCAGUCAGGCCGGGAAGUGCUCCCAACCUCUUCAGUGCAAGUCAGUCUUUUUGUGGACUACCGUUUGUGAACUAUUUCAAUCCCCCACCCACGGCGGGUUCUCGCGGUAUGCUAAGUGAGUUAUUCGGCGCCCACACCAAGCCUGUGGCGCCCUGCCCGCCCGAAGACACAGUGGCAACCAUGGGUGUGUUGGACAAAGUGACAAGCUCGAACGUCCAUAGUGCUGAUGCUGUGAACUCGGUGAUUCGGGGACCAGAAGCAGAUAACGUACUCUUACGAGAAAUACUACAGGGGCGUAAAAGAGAAAUUCUUACUAUGGAGGAAAUAGAGGCCGCCCGUUCUUUACACAACAAUAAUAAUAGUUAUAAAGGUGCCGCGGAGCCAGUGGAGACCAGUAAUGAGGACACGAACGCUGCCAGGGAGGAAAGUGUGACCGCGGAAGAUCCUCGCUGCGAGUCUGAGGUGGAAGAGACCAUGAGUCAGAACAGCCCGCGCACAGACUCCCCCGAGCCCAGGAAGCGACUGGAGAACAUAGUGAGUGUGAUCCGCUCCUCGCCCACCCCGAACACCACGGUGAACGGCUGUAAGAAAAGGAAGCUGUACUUGCCUCAGCAACACGAGGCAAGAAACAGCUAUGACUCGCAGACGGAGGAGGGCGAGGCCGCGGCAGAGCCCGACAACAAGACGAGACGCCUGGAGGAGGAUGAGCAGGUAGAGUCGCGGGCGCCGGAGUCUGGUGAGGAGGGGGUACAGAUUGACUUGAGUGUCAGGCGGCGCUCCCCUGAGACUCAGCGGGCCCCCUCCCCCAAACCCCCAACCUCCACCUCUUCGAGUGACUCCAACGACGCCUCCUCCUACCUCCUAGAUUACGCCCAGCGCCUCCUCCGCACCCAGGAGGCGAGACAGAGAGAAAACGACUUGAAAAACUCAGACUUGACGGAAAAGCUUCAGCUGUUAAGAAAUCUAAAUCUCAACUCGCAGGUGACAGACCUCGAAGGCCUCGCCGACGUGCUGAAGACGGAAAUUACCGCUUCCCUGGCCGUCAUCAUCGACACCAUCGUCAACAAGUACGUGCAGCAGAGAAAGCUGUUGACCAAGCAGGCGGAGGUAGCGGCUGAGCAGCUUAACCGAGACAUUGCCUCGCAGCUGAUGGAGGGCUCCCGCUCUCCUCGCUCUCACAAGAUGCUCGACCGCACACCUCCCAACAUGCCAAGACUCAACGGCAUGCCCGCCCCCAACGGCCCCCUCAACCUGUCCCCGUACCCAGGGUCAGAAAACAGCCUAAACAACCUCAAUCUCCCUCACCUGCGGCCGAAUGUACAAGCCUCCUCACUUCUUCCAGGGAAGCUUACCCCCAUGGGUGGCAUGAUCCCCAGUGGGCAGACCUCCCCCUACGGUGGCAUGGAGCCCGAGCAGGAUGAGGCGCUGCCACUGGUUGUCACUCCCAAGAAGAAGCGCCAUAAGGUGACUGACUCCCGCCUGACGCCUCGCACAGUUGGCCGCCUCUUGGAGGACUUCCCCCGCUACGGAGGCCCCCUGCCUGGCAUGAUGGGCCCCGCGUCGCCCCGCAGUUCGCCUCCCCCUCCACCCAUGAGCCAUCACCCGCACCAUCGGCCGUCUUCCUUCCCCCAGCCCCCGCCGCUUCUGCCCGUCUCCCUCCCCACCUCAGUAGCCAUCCCCAACCCAUCUCUACACGAAUCCAACCUCCUGUACCCCGGCUACUACAGCACCCACCGGCCGUCAUCACCUCUAGAUGGACGGCGUGACGAGUCUCCAGCGGGUCCUCCGCCUCCACACCACCAUCCGCUCCUCCAUCCAGCGCUGCUCGCAGCUUCCUCACCCGACACCUUCUCUCGCUUCCUGCACGGCGCCGAUCACGACCGGGCCUCCGACUGCUCUCCAGCAGACCCACACUACGACGGAGUCCAGCCUACUAUAUCCUUUUAUUCGCCUCAACAAGCUGCCUUUCAAGAUCCAAUACUCAGUUGCUGCGCUCCUUUCCUUGUCGCGUCCUCUGCCUCCGAGACGCUGGGGCUGGGAAGGAAACCGCCAGGAGGGAGAAGCCUUAACCUCCCUGGCCCUGAAGAAAGUAUGUUAACGCACUCCAGCACACUGACGCCGAUGCAUCUCCGCAAAGCGAAGCUCAUGUUCUUCUUCGUGCGGUAUCCCUCGUCGUCAGUGCUCAAGACCUACUUCCCAGAUAUCAAGUUUAACAAGAACAACACUGCCCAGCUCGUCAAGUGGUUCUCCAACUUCCGGGAGUUUUACUACAUCCAGAUGGAGAAGUACGCGAGACAAAGCUUGAGCGAAGGAAUUAAGAAUGCGGACGACAUCUCCGUCACAUUUGAAUCGGAGAUCAUCCGCGCCUUAAAUCUCCAUUACAACCGCAACAACCACCUUGAGCAGAUCCCCGAGCACUUCAGGUACGUUGUCGAACAGACGCUGCGGGAAUUCUUCAAGGCCAUCCAGGAGCAGAAGGACCAGGAACAGUCUUGGAAGAAGGCGAUCUACAAGAUCAUCGCGCGUCUGGACGAGCAGGUGCCCGAGUACUUCAAGUCUCCGACGUUCCUGGAGCAGUUGGAGUAGCGGUGACGUCCCGCCCCGGUCGGGCGACACCCGGCCUCGGCGGCCGCGCCAACCGCUCCCCCUUUCUCAGCUGCAGACUUACCUGCAGCAACCUCUGCUAUCACCUCAGUUACAGCUGCAACAGCUGUAACAACCUCAACUGCAGUAACCUCAGUUGCAGCAACCUCAUCUGCAGCACCUUUAGCUGCAGUAACCUCAGCUGCAACACCAGCAACCUCAGCUGUCACCUCAGCUGCAACACCACCGGCUGCAGCAACCUCAGCUGCCACUUCGGCUGCAACACCUAGAAGAUAGAGAUUCUGUACAUACCAGUGAGUGAGCGGCCUAAGGCUGGACUAUCAGAGGAAGACAUGUUCAGAGAAGGCUAAGAUGGAGGACUGUUAUAUGGGCAUUCUUUUAUUAUUAUCAUGAUACAAAUAUUGAAGGUGCAUGUCUCAAAUUUUGUCCAAAUGUUGUAGCCUUGAUUUAUUGUGAAUAUCUAUGAGACAAAGCAUUUGUGCCUUUCCAUGCCUUCCAGUAACAAUGAUGAGAUCUUUCCGACAGCCCAGUGUACCCAAUUUGUAUAUAGUUUACUUCUGUUUCCCUUGUUUGUUUGGUUCCUCGAGCCAGAGGAUGUCAUGUGAACUCGCGGCCAUGUGAGCCCGCCCGGGCGUGCUGCCUCGGCCCCGACACCCUCCCAGGGCCCUGGGCCACCAUGUUCCAGGCCUCUCCCUCGCCAGGGUUGGGGCCACCCAUUACCCUCGCCACUGGGGGCGCCUCCCCCCUCCUAACUGCACCACACUUCUCAAGUCAUGCACUGUGUUGCAUGCACGAGUCUCCUAGUCACAUGCUAGCUAUCCAGGUCCUAGUUUAUUUGAUCUGAUUAUUUUGAUUUUUUGCACUGAUUCUCAAGUAAGGCUCCUAGUUUUAAGUCAUGCAUGUAGGAUAGUUGUUGAUGGUGGUUCCCAGUUACCAAGUUAUAAUAGCCAACCACACAGUCAAGCCCAUACACUCCAUAGUCUGGCCCCGGGGGCACACACACUGGCCGGGGCCUCAGCUGGCUGCAGGUAGCGGAACCCUGUAUGGAUGCUGCCAGUCCCACACCACAAGAGAACGUCAGUGUCCUACUGCGCCCGCGCCGCCCCCCUCUCACCACAAGAAGGCAAUACCCCAAGUCACAGACACUUGCUCACAACCACCUGUGUUAGGCGAGUUACCUGCGAGCAUAAGACAAACCAAAGUGGCCUUGCUUUGUGGUGGUCGUAAACUAAGAUUGACUGCAAGAAGACAUCGUAUGUGAGAUCUAGUCACAUGAAUGAAUCUCUGGUCUGUUGUGAUGCAGACCAAAGCAUAAUCAGUUAACUAUGUUGAGAAACCUGACCCAAAGUAUGAAUAUCAAAGUGAUCUCGAGACUGCUCAGAUCUGACUAACCUUUUCCUCUUCUGUAGUGCAUUCUACUCGACUAACAAAUUUACUAACCAAUAUGGUGUUGGGAUUUCUGUUCUUGAGGCUUUGUAGAUAGAAGCAACCUAUCUAUCUCAAAGCUUCCUCCACUAAUGCAAGUUGUUUAUAAUUACGAAACCAAAAGACACAUGGACAGUUAUAUUGUCAAACAAAUGUAUUAGCAGAAGUCACAAGUGGAUUUUUGUUGGUGUAGUCGUGGUGGUGUAGCCCCGCUCCGUGGCGCAGCGUCGCAGCCCUGGCCUCAGUGUAGGGAAGGCUCUAUACCGCCCUCAGUACAGUUCAGUGUUCUUUGUCAGUACAGUUGUGUGAACAUGCAGAGCUAGUUGGCAGUGUAUUGUCUCUGGCAGUCUAUUAUGCUCAUGUCAUUUUUUACUUUAUUUGUUUUUGGUAUUUGCUAUUGUAUGCUAUUCCAUACGCCAUAGACAUUACAUAAGACAUCAUGGUAAUAAUGCUUUUCAAACCAAAACUUUGGUGCUAAAUGUACAACCGUGUUAAUCGUCUGGUACUUCCAUUUAGGCGUUUUUAUUACAUUCCAUAAUGUAGUUUGUGUGAGUCAGACUAGGCUGCAGCAGCUGGUGCCCGCCCGCCGCCGCACCAGCAGGUCACAGCUCCCGCAGACCCGUACCAGAAACAUCAAAUUAGGCACCUUAGAAAUGGGUAGUGAUGUGAUUGCUUUUGUAUAAGGAUUGUUUCUCUAUUGAUUGUGAACUUAAGUCUUUUAAUGCUAUAUUUUCUUAAAUCAAAUUUUGAGGUUUUUAAAGGGAUUGUAAACAUUUCAUAAUUAUCUUAUGAAAUCCAAAACAUUUUUUUCCUGGUAUUUCUGCUUCUUUCUUUAUUUUCCACUAACCCCAGCUGACCUGUGUACGGGUUAGCAGCAACCAAACCAAUGUUUUUUUUCCAGUCUAGUCCAUACCUUAGAAUGUAAAAGAACAGUUAAGUGUUUGCUUCCAGAAGCUAGUUUGUAAUGAGGUCCAUCUGACAGGGUCGGCAUCAACAGAUGUCGAUGAGUCACUGAGUCAGGGGACCGUGGUUAAAGUAUUCCAUAGUUAUGAAUCAGAGCUAUUCCAUGUUUGAUUUGGUGUUACAUGUUCUCUCCCAGUUCACUACAGGCUUGUUGUACCCGUUGAUGAUGCUAUUGAUGUCCAUUCUCUCGGCAUCUUUGUCGAGGCAAUUGAACGAUUCAGUCCUGACCCCUGCCCAGACGGCACACAGCGCCCCGCCGGGCUCAGGACUGGAUGGAAUGAUAAACUUUCUGGUGUUUUACGAAGCACUGGUUCUGUGGGGAUAUACUGCAACAGCAGGAACACAAGACCAAACCGAAGGCAAAAUUAUCAAGUAUAAAGUUUGUGGACCCCUAUGCCCCAUCACUUGGUGCUUUCCCUCCCUCCCUCCGCUUCCCACCCAUGCUUCCCCACCCCCUGUACAGAGCAGCCUACAAGGUGCCACGCUGGCUGCCUCACCACAAGCCUCAGCCUGGUGCCAACAUGGGCCGCACCACAGUUCACCACGGCUGGUACCACCUGGGCUGGGGGUGAAACACAAACUUUCCACACAAAAUUUAAAGCAGUUGUCAACAGCACUAACCGGAAGGGUCGCCUUGGUAAACGUCCAGUGUUUCAAGUGCCUUGGUCUUACAUUUCGAUAGAGGGCGGCCCUGUUUUUCACUACAAUCUCCCCAUGGAGCUUUCAGUGCUUUCAGCAUUCCAUGUGAAGUGUUGAUUUAUGCCAAUAGAAGCUUUUUUCAGUUUCUGUUGGAUUUAUAGGAAGACAAAAAUGGUUUAGUUUCUAAAGAUGAAAUGUUUAAAGUUUAAUUUAUUGAUUUAUUUAAAAUGUGCACCUAGCAUUAUGUGUUUUGCAUAUAUAACAUAUAUUCAAUUAUUAUAGAAUGUACUAGUUUGUAGACAUAAAUACGAUUCAAACCGAA